AUGAUCUCUCUCCGUAACGUCCUUCCCGUCGCCUUGCUCGCCAGCUCGGCAAUCUUCCCCUCCGUUACUCUCGCUCAAGAGCAACAACAGCAAGCCUUUCAACUCGCCUGUGACUCUACCGACGCUUCCAACCCUCCCUCGACCCCGCUCGACGACUGGAUCAACUCGCUCCUCCAGGUCUUGCAUGACAACGCCAAGUUCGCUUUCGAGCAGGUCGUCGUCGGAUUCGCUGGGACUGAGGAUGGGUACGACGUCUUGGAGGCCAUGUGGGAGCAUACCGCCAACGGAGGUGCCGGGGAGAACUGGAGCUUGAUGGUCCCUUCGGAUGACGCUUUUACCAAGUCCGGUCUCGCUAGCCCCUACGCCUCUCUCGACGCUGCCACCCUCUACUCGCUCUUCACCUACCACGCCGUGCCCCUCUCGCUUUCAUCGGCCAUCAACGCUUCGUCCUCGCACACCCUCCUCGAAACCCUGUUCCCUCUGCCCAACGGUGACGGACAGGUCAUGAUCGCUGAGCGGGGACAGCCGGAUGGGUUGAAGGUCGUCAGUCCCGUCGAGGCCAAGGUCAAGACGGAUUCGUUGGAUGAAGGGAGCAGCUCGGGAACUUUGAGCGGGUUGGAAUUGUUCGAGGUCGAUACCAUCGUUACCGUCCCCGCCACUUUGCCCACCAUCCUCGCCAACCUUGCUACUUCGACCUCGACUUCGGCCAAGAAAUCCGGACUCGCUCUCUACGCCGCCGCGCUCAACAACACCAAGACGCUCAACACCUUGACCGGAUUUGGAUCGGGCGGAAGCAAGGGGUUGACCAUCUUUGCGCCUGUUGACGAAGCCUUUGACGGGAGCAUGACGAGUGGGGACGUUGCCGCUUGGACCAAGGUGUUGGCCGGACACUACUCGCCCACUCAAACCCUCUACUCGAACGAAUUUGCCAACACUGGCGCCAAGGUCUUCAUGUCGAAUGGAAACGCCAUUACUUUCACCACCAACUCGUCCGGAACCUUUGCCGUCAGCUCGGACGGAUACAGCUCGGCCAAGAUUUUGAGGAGUGACGUCUUGUUGCAGGGAGGUGGUGUUUUGCAUGUCGUCGACACCCUCUUGUCGGCCGCUGCUUUGCAGACCGCUGGUCCCGGUGGAAAGAACGGCACCGGACCCGCCGGUGGAGUCGGAUUCAACCUCAAUGGUGGCGCCGCUAAGACCCAGGCUGGAGCCAUGGUCGCCGCUUUUGCCCUCGCCGUUGGUUUCUUUGGCCUCAUUUAG